GGCUGACCACGUGCACGGGGCCGUGCAGGGCAGGAGAUCUGUGCCCCCCCACCCCAUGAUGCUGUCGCAGGGCUGGCGGCUGCUGCAGCCGCUGUUCAGGGGCCGCCUGCUGCUGCUGACCAACACGGUGAGCUGCGGCACGCUGCUGGCGACCGGCGAUGCUCUGCAGCAGUUCUGGCAGCUCCGCCACGAGCCCCAGGGCCAGCGGCAGGCCGCGCGCACAGGGCGCAUGUUCGCCGUGGGCUGCAGCAUGGGUCCGAUGUUGCACUUCUGGUACCUGUGGUUGGACAACGCCUUCCCGGCACGGGGGAUGAGGACGGUGCUGAAGAAAGUGCUCAUUGACCAAGUGGUGGCAUCGCCCGUCCUGGGAGUGUGGUACUUCCUGGGCAUGGGCACGCUGGAAGGCCACAGCCUGGAGGAGAGCUGGCAGGAGCUGAAGGAGAAGUUCUGGGAGUUCUACAAGCUUGACUGGUGCGUGUGGCCGGCGGCGCAGCUCCUCAACUUCCUCUUUGUGCCCCCCACGUACCGGGUGGCGUACGUCAACACGGUGACGCUGGGCUGGGACACCUACCUCUCCUACCUCAAGCACAGGCCCAGCCAAGCCUCCAGUGCUGAGAAGCAGCGCAGUGCUGGGAUGUGACGGGGCUGCUCCCGAAGACCCCAACGUUUUCAGGAGCUCCUGCCCAUCACCGUGACCCCGCAGCAGGUCCUGGCAGACAGCACUGGAGAGACAGCUGCAGCUGGGCUGCAGCCCAUGCACAUCCUGCUGAUUUAUUGAUCUGCUGAUUGCAAUUAGGGGGCUGGGGUUGUUGAAUCCGCUUGUGAAGGCGCUGCUUUCCAUAUAUUCCAGUGUGGGGAGCAACGUUUGGCCUCAGUCCCUGUCCCCUGCUGCCACCCCCCCCACCCCACGCUUCCAGGGGCCCUUUGCCUCUGGGUUUCAGCGCUGCUGGUGGAUUUGGGACUGGUUCUCACUGCCACCGCAUCCGCCGUGGCAGUAUCCAUGGUGCCAAGGUGACAAAUCCCAGCCUUGCCCCCCCCAGGCACCGAGCAAUGCUCCUCCCCCCCAACCUGGGACCUGAUUCAUUUCCAGCCUCCGUGUGCCUCAGAUCAUUUCUAAUGCCUGAAUCGUGCCUCCCAGCCCCCCCAGCACAGCACAGCUGGGGAAAUGUCAAUUCCAAAAACAGCAGAACUGGGAGCCCCUCCUGAUCAGCAUCGAUUUAUUUCUUCACAACAUUUCUUUAAUACAGUGAUUUUUAGGAAAUUGUA